GGAGAAGCAGAGGGGAGGAGUAAAGAAGGGGAGAAGGAGGAUCCGGGGAAAAAGUUUGAACGGAAUAGAGAGACGUUUGAGUGGCCGGCUCGGUUAGAAGAGAAAAGAGCGGAGGAAGAAGACGACAGCGUGUGUUUUCUGACUUGGAUUUGCUUUAAAAACCCGCUGCCGGGGAGCCACUGCCGUCGGUCGGAUUAGAUGAGUUUGACUUCACGAUGAGGAGCGACCCUGUUCUGUUCGCUUCCAGCAGGGCGAUGGAGGAGCUGGUGUGUGAGCUUCGUCUGUUCCUGGACCUGCUGGACAGGGAGUACCUGAGCGCCGGGGUCCGAGAGAAGAAGACACACCUCUCCAACAUCCUGCACAGAGUCCUUGCAGACAAAGAACCUUCAUUCAAGUCAGAGAUCCACAGUGGUCUUCCAGCCCCACCUCAGAUGCCCUUACCAGAAAUCCCUCAUCCCUGGCUGCCUCCAAACAAUGACCCUCCUCCGCUGCCCAGCUCCUCUCUGCCAGAAGGUUACUACGAGGAAGCAGUUCCUUUAAGUCCUGGGAAGGCUCCUGAAUACAUCACCUCCAACUAUGACUCGGACGCCAUGAGCAGCUCCUACGAGUCAUACGACGAGGAAGAGGAGGACGGGAAGGGUCAGAAGAUGCGCCACCAGUGGCCGUCCGAGGAAGCGUCCAUGGAUCUGGUGAAGGACGCCCGGAUUUGUGCGUUCCUGCUGCGCAAGAAACGAUUUGGCCAGUGGACCAAACUCCUCUGUGUCAUCAAGGACAACAAACUGCUGUGUUACAAAUCCUCCAAAGACCACACCCCUCAGAUGGAGCUCACACUAUCAGGUUGCAGCAUCACUCACGUCCCCAAAGACGGCAAGAAGAAGAAGCAUGAGCUGAAGAUCGUCCACCAGGGGGCGGACGCCUUGGUGCUGGCGGUACAGAGCAAAGAACAGGCCGAGGAGUGGCUCAAGGUGAUGAGAGAGGUGUGCGUUAAUGGGAGCGUAGACUUGGACGGAGCUGGAUCUGGAUCGCCGGUGCACAAGCCUGAACUGGAAAAGAAGGCAUCGAGUGACAGGCCGAGCUCAGACGGUGAAGCAACCCACGAAAAUGGACACAGCGACUGCAAGGAUCAAGGAAAGGGAAAGAAGAACUCAAAGUCAGAGCAGAAGUCUGGGACCGUGGGGAAGGGAGCAGGCAAAAAGAUCACUAAGAUCAUCGGGCUGGGGAAGAAGAAGCCAUCCAUGGAUGAACAGACGUCGUCCGCUGAAGAAGACGUACCCACAUGUGGCUACCUGAACGUGCUCUCCAACAACCGUUGGCGGGAGCGCUGGUGCCGCCUCAGAGACAACCAGCUGCUCCUCCACAAGGACCGGGACGACUUAAAGAGCCACAUCGCCUCUCUGCCCCUCCGAGGCUGCGAGGUCAACCCCGGCCUCGACCACAAGCACCCCUUUGCCUUCCGCCUGCUUCGUAACGGCCAAGAAGUGGCCGUCCUGGAGGCCUCCUCCUCUGAGGAGAUGGGUCGUUGGUUGGGGGUUUUACUGGCAGAGACCAGCUCCACCACCGACCCAGCCACCUUGCACUACGACUACAUCGAUGUGGAGACCACGGCCAACGUCAUCCAGCUGGCCAAGCAGUCCUUCUGUUUCACCAGUAAGCGUGCCGUCUCUCCUAACCCGUACCUGGACAACCCAGUCAACGGCUACGCCUGCCCCACUGGUAUGGCGCUGCACUACGACGAUGUCCCCAUCAACGGAAUGGAGCCGGUGCUGUACUCCAGUCCCAGCACUGGGGGGCGCCAGCUGAAAGACGAGGUGCAAUAUGAGAACGCUGACCUCUAUGAGAACAUGCCCUCACCCAAGCUGGCCACCCGCUACCCUCCCAAGCAAUCUUCUGCUUCUAAGUCCUCUUCCUCCACUUCUACUGGUCACUACAAAACCCCUGUUUCUAAAGUCUCUUCUAAGUUCCUCACUGCUGAUUCUAAAACUAAAGAUGCUGCUCAGCUAAAGGGAAAGAAGGGAGCAACAACCAAUGGGGUGGCAUCAAAACAGAAGGCAGAUCCGAAGAAUCAGUCCAAGAAGAAUGGAUUCAGUGGGACAAAUGGGACGGCGUCUCUCAAACGCAACAGCUCCACAGAUGCAGAGCAGUGCAAGUACGGGAAGAACCGCGUGGAGGCUGAUGCCAAGCGACUGCAGGCCAAGGAGGAAGAGCUGAUGAAGAAGAAGCAGGAGAUCAGGAACCAUCUGACCCAGCUCAAGAAGGAGAGGAGAGACCUGCGCACGGCUGUGGAGGCUGCUGCUGGCAAACGUUCGCAAGCCUCUCUGUCGGAGCGACUGAAGAAGGUGGAGGAUGAUUGCAGGCAAAAGGAGGAGGAGAGGGUGAACCUGGAGCUGGAGCUAACAGAGGUGAAGGAGAGCCUGAAGAAAGCACUGAGCGGAGGCGUCACCUUGGGCCUCACCAUCGAACCGAAAGCUGGCUCCUCCGGCCUCCAGUCGCCAGCAGUGUUGCGGCGGACGCAGGAGUCUUCUCCCUUCUCCAGCUGCGACACCAGCGACACCGAGUCGUGCUCUCUGCCGGUCAAUAGCGCUUCACUGCUCCGCCGGCAGCAGGGCAGCCAGAAGGCCUCAACGGUCCGGGGACACGUCCUCAGGAAGGCUAAGGAAUGGGAGCAGAAGAACGGCACAUAAACUGCUCAAGGCCUCGUAGCAGUCUUCCUUUCAUUCCUUUUUUCUGUUGGAGAAAUUGUGUAUAUAUUUAUUUAAAACUGUUCAUACAGUCAGAGAGCAUGCUGAGGAGGACACAAGCGUAGCAUUCAUACAACAAAACGAGUGGCUGGUUUUUGUAUACUCCAAAUACCACAACAUACAUAGCAACCUCUUUUAAACUUUUAUACUAUUGGGCAUGCUUAGUGUACUAAGUUGUGCAACUUGUGUUGUCCGCUGUAAUUUCUUUACAAACAACUACCGGUCUGUUUUUUUUCUCCCAAAGUCUGUUGCAGCAGUUUGAGUUAAAAAAAAAAAAAAAAGGUCAAAACCAAGUAUUUAUUUGUAAAUGUUUAAAGGAAAUACUAGCUUCCCUUUGUUUAUUUAUGUUGAUAUAUUUAAAGUAUUUUUGUAGAAUUUGUGGCUCUCCAUACAAUCCUGUUUCCUACAACAUUACCGAUGGUCAUUUGUAGAAGUAAAAUCUAUCACGGUCAGAAUAGUCGUAACACAUACCAGCUGGGCAACAGUGCAGCUCCUCUUACGGAUAUUUAAAGAAGCAACAAUUAUUCUUCCUUUGUGAGUAUUAGAUGUGUUGGAAAGUGAGUGCAGACGGUCCGUUAUUGUUUGGACAAUUUAAGGGUAUUUUCACAUAAAGGUGAUAAACAGAAUCAAAGUCUGGCUAUAAAUCCAUUAUAAAGAACUCUUGAUAGAAAUGAUGAAUUUGAGCCAUAGAGAAAUUUUAAUUAUGUAGCAACAUUUAUGAAAAAUGUGACAGAAAAUGGCAAGAAACAUGAAGAAAGACUUAGAAAAACAACAAAUAAAACCUUGACAUAUGGGUCAUUCCAGAAUUGGAGGACAUUUUACGUCCCACCCAUCAAAUUUCAAAUAAUCCAUGUUCAAAAUUCAAGGGGUCCUUGGUUUAUGACGUAUGGCCUUGUGUCAGAACUGGUUACGUGAAAGUAGUUGGCAAGCGGAGCGGACAAAUAUGUCAUGACACGGCGUCCUAAGACGGCUUUGUUUAUAUUCUCCGGUUGUACGCCACCUUGGAUUGCGCUACAUUCACUAACUUUUUGUCCUUCAUUAUGGCUCCCAAGCACAAGUCAGACUCUUCUGAAAUGCUCAAAUUGUAAAAAUAGUGCAACAUAUUCAGUUAUCUUCUUGUAAAAUGGUUCAUACAUGCAUAAAAGUCAUUGGUAUUCAUGACUUUUCCGAAGAACUGAUCGAUGUAGUGAUGCACGUAACGGCUUUGUUUACAUUUUUGCCAGAGUUCCGACUUACGGCAAAAAUCGACUUACGACGAUCCGUAGGAACAGAACUCCGGCAUAAGACUUCUCCUGAGACCAAAUCUAGAAAAACUAGGAGUUUGGAAUUAUUGAAUGUUAGAAAAUAAUUUUUUUUAAGAGACCAAAUAAGUCUGGAGUUCCCUCUGUAAUGCAGUUUUUCUCUUGUCCCAUGCCCAGAUGGCCAAAUUAAAUAUAACAGUUAAAAAGAGAUUUAAACCUCCUUUUUCUGGUAUAAUUUUUUUUCAUUGAUGUCUCUGGUAAUUGUGGAAACAUUCUUUUUAAUCAACAUAUUAUUUUAAAUAAUAAUUAUUAUGCAUGGAACCAAUUAGCAUAACCUUCUUAGCUGGUAGAAGAAGAAAAUAGUGAAUCACAUGAUACGCUAGAAUUAACAUCAUCAAAUAUUUUUCCUGAAGAAUGGGCAGAGCAAAGCUAUGUCCUCUCUUCUGUUUUUCAUAUUUCCAUAACGUUGUCAGCCUUGAUUGAAUGUCUCACUCUACCUCAUAUUAUCAGGAUCAGACUAAUUCUUUGGACUGUUUUCCAUCAGUCAGUUUGUCCUCUUGGUCAGCAGUAACAGCAGCUAAAUAUCUAGCUUCUACUGCUGAGAAAAAGAUCACAUUAGCAUGGAUUAGCAACCCUGUUACUGUGAUUAGAGUAGAGUUAGCAAACAACACACGGAGUAAAAAUUGUAUCAUUGAUGUGUAAGCUGAGCUAAUCAAGUCUUUGAUAGUUUAUUACUUGCUGUUGAUGAAUAUGGAGUAGAAAAUUGUAAAAGAAAAGGUUUAUUUUUCAAAAAUAUUGAAUCCCAAAUGUCCUCCAUUUCUGGAACGACCCAUAUGUGUUCAUUUACUACUACUAUGGCUUCCAUGCUGUCUGGAUGGAUUCAAAUCUGGUUUCUGAGUGGUUACAGCGAAACAAAACAAGCAGAAACUAGCUAGUGUGAACACGUUGUCUGAUUAGUGAUAACCAGUUGCCACAGAUUUGGGAGUAGGUAACCGCAAAAAACGCGUGAAAGCAAAGUAUUUUAAGCUAGUAAAUGAUACCCACCUGCACUCAAGUAAAACCCAUCAUUCUCAUUUUUAGCUGCCAAUAUGCAAAGUUUCACAGUGCAGAUUUAACUACAUCUUCCUAAUGGAGUAAUUGUGCUUCUUUAUUUAGACUUGUAGUGUGUUGAUGGAUGGCUGUCAUUAGGCUGCAGUGGGCCUCCAGCAGGGUGUAUGUUACCGCUUGGAAAGUGGGGCAGGUCAGGCUCGGGCGUGGCCGCCCUUAGAUUUGGCGCUCCGAGUCGGGAAAACUCAGAAACCCCAGCCGACGUGGCUGAUGUUAGUCUCUCAUCCAAGAGCCUCAGUCCAGCUCCUCUAAUCACACCACUGGUCUACUGUAGCCCUGUGAUCUGUCGGAGUGUGUGUCUGUGUGUGUGUGUUAGUGUGCAUGUGUGUGCGUGUGUGUGUGCUCAAAUGUCUCCAAGGCACAUUCCAAACCCUUCAACAAUACACUGACUGAAAUAGAGGCACUUGCUGUAAACUCAAAUUGCUGUGGGUUCUGCUAAAUCAAAGACUGUGACUUCGACUUUCAAAUUGCUACAUUCGCACUCACUCAUCAAUAUCACAUGUUUAUGGUGCUUUUUUGAUAAUGGCUUUACGUUCCACUGCCUAAGCUUUGCUGCCAUGUAGAUACAGUUAAGUCUAGAAGGUGCUGUAUUGGGAUCGUUGACAAAAUGUUAAAAUACACACAGUUUGAACGUCAGUGAUCCGCGGUCAUGUAAAUAUUUUCUAUUUCCUGCCUGCUUUCAGAUUAAUAUCCCACUAGUCUGCGAGCUACAGCAUGUUGGCAUGAAGCCUGGGCCGCAGGGGAGUUUUAUCUACAAGUAUUUAGUUCUACCAGAGCGGGAUGUCAGUAAAUGUGAACCUGCUGUACAUAGCUUGGCAUUGUGGGAAGAGGUUGGGCGGGAGGAGGGUUGGUUUGAGGGGUCGACAGCUCCAUGCAUCAGUGUUUGUUUUUGCACCUUAUACGUUUUCUACUCUGUUGUAUAUCUCAGACAGUCUCCACCUCAGAGACAAACAUGCUUGUACAUAAAUGAAUAAACUUCCUGACAAACA